UUAAUCUGACUAUAUCGCUGGACUAGGUGAAGAAGAAGAGAGCAGUGCAGCCAAAGGGUGCCUUUCUCAACAUGGGGCACCCACAGCUGUGGCUGUUGCUGCUGCUGCUGAGCAGUGAGGCUUUAACACGAGAUGCAACCAGAUUUAAGUCCUUCAGAAAGUAUAUCUAUAAUUAUGAAGCAGAAAUCACAAGUGGUGUGACUGGAACAGCAGAUUCCCACAGUGGCUCUAAAAUUAAGUGCAAGGUUGAACUGGAAGUUCCACAACUCUACAAUUUAGUCCUGAAGAUAAGCCUGUGUACCCUCGAAGAGGUGUAUGGCAUUGACAUCCAGGGAAAGGCUUUAUUAAAACAAUCAAGGAACUCAGAUGAAUUUGCUGCUGCCAUGUCCCAAUAUGACCUGAAAUUCAAGAUUCAGGAUGAGCAGAAUGUUGAGCUAUAUCCUGAAGACAAUGAAGCUACACAUAUACUCAACAUCAAAAGAGGCAUCAUCUCUGCUCUUCUUGUGCCAAUGGAGACAGAAGUCAAAGUCCAAACCGUGUCCAUGGAUACUGUAUAUGGAAAAUGUGACAGCAGCAUUGAAAUAAAAGACAGGAAAAGCAACACUGCUACUUUAGCAGACAUUGAAAUAACAAGAAACCUGAAAUCUUGUGAUAACUUCAACCCUAUCAGAGAUAAUGUCAGUCCAAUUGCUUUCAUUAAAGGCUUGAAUGCACCUUUAUCCACCCUGUUAAGCAGCAACCAGCAUUGCCACUACACUGUUGAUACAAAGAAGAAGCAUGUAUCUGCAGCCAUUUGCACUGAAAAACACUUGUUCCUGCCCUCCUCAUACAAAAAUCAGUAUGGCAUGAUGGCAAAAGUCGUCCAAACUCUGAAAUAUGAAAACAUUGCUAAUAUCAACAACAGGAAUAUGGAUGUUACUGGCCGAAUAAAGAGAGAGCUGUCUUUGGAGAAUGUGGAGACCAAAAUUCUCAGGCAUGGUGAUGCUGUUCUGAAAGUUCUUCAAGAAUUAAAGAAACUCACAGACUCUCAGCAAAACCAUAAAAGAGCCAACUUGUUCUACAGAUUUGUCACUGGGCUGAGAAGCUUGCACAAUAGCACUCUUAGUCCCCUGGUGCCAAAGAUGAUGGAAACUUCCAGUUCCGUCACAAUACAGGCCCUGAUUCAGUGUGGAACCCCAGAAUGCUUUGGAGCUAUCCUUCAAAUAUUGAGAACUGGCAAUAUUGACCCCCUGGUGGCAGAUGCUGUCACAUUCAGCAUGGGACUGCUACCUUCUCCAAGCACUAAAACAAUACGGGAGAUUCUAACCAUGGCUGAGUAUCACCCAAGCCGAGCUUCUUUCUAUGCCUUGAGCCAUUCAGUGAAUAGAUUCUACUUCCAGAAAGGAAUUACAGAAGAAAUAAAAGAUGUUGUAAACUUUAUGACAUCUUUAAUCAGCAAAGAAUGUUCAGGAAAUGAGGACCUCACCUACCUGACCCUGAGGGCCAUUGGCAAUAUGGGAAACGUUUUGGAAAAUGUCAAUCCCAGUGUGAAACAAUCCCUAAAAGCAUGUAUUCGAAGUAAUGUUGCAUCCCCUGAUAUCCAGAAAGCAGCUAUUCAGGCACUGAGAAAAAUGACUAUAAAUGAUGAGGACCGCGGAAUGCUUAUUAGAGUCUUCCAGGAAGCCUCUUCUCCAGCUAAUAAACGUUUAGCAGCUUACCUCAUGCUGAUGAGAAACCCUUCUUCAUCUGAUAUUUCAAAAGUCAUUAAAGUUGCUCUGAAGGACAAGAAUGAACAAGUCAAAAGUUUUGUAGCUUCCCACAUUGCCAAUAUCUUAGAUUCUACUGAUUUUUACAAUGAACCGAUCAGAAUCAAAAUUCAGGAGGCUCUUAAAGGAAACCAGAUGCCAACAGUCAAAGAUUUCCGAAGAUUUUCACGAAAUUAUCAGGUUUCCAAGAUGGUGACAGUCCCAUGGUCUGAGGACCCUUUCUCAGCAAAAUUAGAAGGAAAUCUGCUGUUUGAUCCAAGCAGCUAUAUAGCUAAGGAAGCCAUGCUAAAAACAACAUUAGAGUUAUUUGGGCUGAAACCUCUGGAUAUAUUUGAGAUUGGUUUGGAUGGGAAAAACCUAGAGCCUACAUUAGAAGCAAUGUUUGGGCCAGGAGGGUUUUUCCCUGAUGCUGCUACCAAAGCUUUGUACUGGGUUGAUGGCAAAGUACCAGAGCAGUUUUCCCAAGUCCUUUUUGAUUAUUUUGGAUACUCCAAGGAUGGAAGACAGGAUCAGGAUAUUAUGAAAGAAAUCAUGCUUAAUUUUGAGAAAACCGUUAAAGAAAUCACCAACAAACCAACACCUGAUGUCAAAGCCUACUUUAGAAUCUUCCAGGAAGAAUUGGGCUACUUGAAACUCAGUGAUCUUAAGGUGUUGGGAAAUCUGAUUCUGAAAAGCCUUAAAACCUUGCAGACUAUUCCUCAGAAGAUUGUCCAGGCCAUUUCCCAGGGGUCUCAGAAUGAUCUCAUGAUUCACUACAUCUUCAUGGACAAUGAAUUCGAGCUGCCAACAAGUGCAGGACUGCAGCUACAAGUAGCUUUGUCUGGAGUAGCCACUCCUGGAACAAAGCUUGGAAUGAAGAUUUCACAGAGGAAUAUGCAAGCAGAGUUGAUUGUUAAACCAUCUAUGGCAGUUGAGUUUAUAACUCAUUUAGGAGUGAAUAUCCCUGAAUAUGCUAGAAAUGGUGUGCAGAUGAACACCAACAUAUACCAUGAAUCUGGAAUUGAAGCCAGUGUUGCAUUGAAAGCUGGACACCUUAAACUCACCAUUCCUGCACCAAAGGUCCCAAUCAAGGUUUUCAGCAUCAGCAAUGUCUUGCACUUGGUCACCCCAACCCGAACUGACGUGAUUCCUCCCCUGAUUGAGAAUAGAGUGUCACGAAACUCUUGCUCCCCUUUCUUUACUGGUCUUAAAUUUUGUACCAGAAUAGAAUAUUCCAACGCUAGCUCUACAGAUGCAGCACCUUACUAUCCAUUGACGGGGGAAACCCGGUUUGAAAUUGAACUACAACCAACAGGAAAAGUAAAGGAGUACAUUGCAAGUGCUAAUUAUGAACUAAAGAAAGAGGGGAAAGACUUGGUAGACACUUUAAAAUUCAUUGCUCAAGCCAAAGGUAUAAAAGAAAGUGAAGCCAAAAUGGACUUUGUAUACAAUCGAGCCAAAAGAAUUUUUACCACUGACUUGGAGAUCCCCAGUUUGCGCAUCAAUUUUGGCACCAGUCUCAGAAUUACUGAUUCUUCCAGUCAAGAAAAGAAAGCACAUUCCUUUAUCUUAGACAUUAUCAACAAGAAAAGCCCUGAAAUUACCAUUACAGGAAAGCUAGGCUAUGCUGCUGGGAGAGAAUCAUCCAUGGAAGCUGCAAUCUCUAUUCCUCGCCUGCAGACUCAAGCUAAAACAGAUGUGUCCCUGCAUCGGUCAAGUGAUGCAGUGAUAUUCCAGAUUGACUCCUCAGCUACCUCACAUGGCUCCUCAGUUUCAGAAAGGAUUGUCUUGAGAUAUGAUACAGAAAAAGUGGAGGUGCAGUGGAACUCAGGCACUAGUGCUCCCCUGAAGAGAAUGUCUGCCAGUGUGCCUGGAGACUUGAAAGGUUAUUCAAAGUCUCUGCAGAAAAGUGCAAAUGGACUGCUGGAUCACAAAGUAGCUAAUACUGAUAUGACAGUCCGGCACAUCAUUUCACAUUUUAUUGUGGCAACCAAUACCUGGCUACAAAAGGCAUCCAAAGAUAUUCCACAUGUCCAGAAUUUACAGGACAAGUUAAAUAAACUCCAAGAGCUUGACUUUCAAAUCAUGGAUAUAAUCACCAUUCCUGAAGAACUUUUCUUUAAAAGUGAUGGCAAGAUUAAGUACGUUUGGAAUAAGGAAAGUACUUCUAUUACUAUCCCAGUGCCAUUCGGCGGAAAAUCAUCACAGGAUAUGAGCAUGCCCAAGACUAUAAGAGCACCACCAUUGGUGAUGGAAUCACUGGGAUUAAAUAUGCCAUCGCAGGAAUAUAAAAUUCCGCAAUUCACCGUCCCAGAGUCUUACACACUUCGAGUACCUUUGUUGGGCACUUUUGAGAUCAUUUCCAACUUGUACAACAAUUACUACAAUUGGUCCGGUUCCUAUACUUUAGCUAACACCACAAGAGAUACCUACAAUCUGAGAACAAGUUACUUUAUGAAAGCUGAUUCUGUUUUGGACUUACUUUCAUAUAAAGUACAAGGUCAGGCAGAAGCAAGUUAUGACAGAAAUGCACUUACCUGUAAUUAUGAAAACUCACUCCAUCACAGCCUCCUCAAUUCCAAUUUUAAAUUCAGGAAUAUCAACAAAUAUGGACUCAAUCCCACUGUUAAAAAUACCAUAACAUUUGAGACUUCCAGUCCCCUCGGAGCUAGGUUUUCCUUGUCUGUCGACCACGAUUCCAAAGAGCUUGACAAUUCACAUGUUGGUAAUCUCAAUCUGGAUGGACAAUUGAAUGUUGCUACAGCUUUUGCCAAAACCACAUAUAUACAAUCUAUCACCUCUGAUAAGAAUAGUCUCCAGCUGAUAUGGGAAUCAAACCUGAAGUUUGAUUCUUCCUUGUUUCAGGCUACUAACCAGAUGAUUCAAAAAAUUACUGAGGAUGCAUGGACAAUCUUAUCUAUCUCAAACAUAGAGGGUUACUCUCUGACUAACAAGGCUUCCUUAAGUUAUCAAAACAGCCAGCUGAAACUGUCAUCAGAGACACAUGGAACCCACACAAACUUUGGAACUAUCAAUAAGUUUGAUUUAACUCUAGACAAGCAGCAAGCUAUCCUUCACUCUGAGUUAAAGGCCAAUUACUUAGAAAAUAAAUAUUAUGCCCUGGUAUCAGGCUCUGUUAAUAAUCAAGGUGUUGAACUGAUCAGUGACUUGUCAUGGGACAAUGAAAGAAACAAAGCAGAACACAAGUCUGCUUUAAGUAUUAAGCAGGAUGGACUGGUGAGCAGCGCAACAACAAAACUGCAGCUUCUCUUAUUCAUCCUUGAGAAUGAAAUGAAUGCACGAAUUGGCACUUCUGGUGCUUCUGUGAAGAUUGAUACUAAUGGACGUGCUGGGAUACACAAUGCAAAAUUCAGCUUGGAUGGGAAACUGGCUCUCACAGAAAUAGCACUUUUGAGCACAUAUCAAGGGAGCAUUUUGGAUGUGGACAGCAAGAAUAUUUUGAACUUCAGAGUGAAUAAAGGAGAUCUCCGAUUUUCAAAUAGUUUGACAGGGUCAUACAAAGAAAUGAAGCUUGAACACACUCAUGAGCUGAACACUGCUGGGUUCUCCUUGACUUAUGCUUCAAAUUUAGAUCACACCAUUAGCCCAGACAUAUCCCACAAACAUCAUGUGGACCUGCAGCUACAGCCCUAUUCCCUCACAGCCAAUUUGAACAAUGAUUUGAAAUACAGUAGUGCCAAUGUAAACAACAAAGCCCGCUUGCAGCUUGAACCCUUGAAGGUAAAUUUGGAUGGUAACAUAAAAGGCACUUAUAGUGGCAAUGAGAUAAAGCAUACCUAUAUCUUUACUUAUGGAGAUCUGACAGCACAUAUGAAGACAGACACAGCUGCAAGCAUUCAGGGUGCAGCUCUUACCCAUAAAGUUAAUUUAAAUGUUGCAGGACUCUCUUCUUCAAUCAAUGUCAACACAAACUGUGACUCUAAAUUCUUAACCUUUUCUAAUGAGAUACGAUCGGUGGCUGCCCCAUUUACUGUCACUUUUGACAUGCAUACCAAUGCUGAUGGACGAUUUUCAAUCUUGGGAGAACAAUCAGGUCGACUGUACAGCAAAUUCCUGCUAAAAGCAGAACCUCUUGCUAUUGUCUUUUCCCAUGAUUACCAGGGAUCAACUGACCACAAUCUAAAUUCUGGGAAAAGAUAUAAUACUGGAUUAGAUAGCAAAGCCACUGUUGUUUUGACUCCAUCUGAACAAAGCAGUACUUGGAAAAUGAAGAGUCAGCUGAAUAAUCAUGUAUAUACCCAAGACAUUAAUGCCUUUAACAAUGCUGAAAAUAUCGGUGUGGAGUUGACUGGACAAACUUUAGCUGACCUUUCUGUACUAGACUUUCCUAUAAAGAUAUCAUUCACAAAUGAUGAAAGAGUUAAUCUAAUUGACACCUUUGGUUUAAGAGAAAAUAUAGCUGAGCCUCAAGAGUUUGGCCUCUCUCUUUCUGUGAAGUAUGAUAAGAAUGCAGAUGUGCAUGUCAUCAAUCUACCUUUCUUGGAAAGACUUCCAGCAUAUUAUGAGCAAUUCAGACGUUCCAUCUUAACUGCACUGAAGUCCAUUCAGAAGAAUCUGAAGAAUAUGAAUAUAGAUCAGCUUAUGAGAAAAUACAAAACAGCAUUAGAUAAGUUUCCCCAGCAGGUGAAUGACUAUGUGAACUCUUUCGAUUUGGAAAGUAAAAUGAAUAAACUGAAAGAGAAAUUGGAUGCUUUCACAAAAGAUUAUAGCAUAACAGUUGAUGAUGUUCAGGACAUGUUGGAAAAUGCUAAAGCUAAUCUUCUAAAAGCUCUGACUCAGCUGCAAGUAUUUCUGAAUGAAAUUGAAAAGUAUAUGAAGGAGAAUUAUGACUUAAGACCAGCUAUCAUACAACUUAUUGAGCAAAUUGUUGAAAAAAUAAAAGUUCUAGAUAAGCAAUAUGAAAUCAGUAUGACAAUGAUCAACACCAUUCAGCAACUCCAAUCUUUUAUUUCUCAGUAUGACCCUAGCCAGAUAGGAAGCAAUGCUGCUGCUUGGGUUCAAAAUAUGGAUACCAAGUACAAAAUCAGAGCUCAGAUACAAGAAAAACUUGAUCAACUGAAGAGCCAGAUUCAGAAUCUCGACGGCCAACAUAUUGCAGAGACUUUGAAGCAGCAGAUAAAGACAAUUGACAUUGGGAUACUUAUAGAAAAGUUAAAAAUACAAUUUCCAUUUGAAAAAAUAAACCAAAUCCUUGAACAAAUCAAAGACAUCAUUCUAAAUUUUAUGGAGGAUUAUGCAAUAUUUGAUAAGAUCAAUGGGUUCCGAGUCCACAUGCAUGAACUUAUUGUAAACUAUAAUAUUGACCAGCAGGCCAAAGUUCUAAUGGAUAAGAUGGAAGAAUUGUUUAAACAACAGAAAAUCAAAGAAACAAUUCAGCAGUUAACCAUCACACUGAGAAAAAUUGACAUAAAAUCAUUCUUCAAUCAAAUGUUGAAGUUUAUUGAUGAUGCCGUUAAGCAGCUCCAAACAUUUGAUUAUAAAAAGCUAGUGGAUGGAGUCAAUGACCUCCUUGAUACUGUGAUAAAGAAGCUAAAGUCCUUUGAUUACAACAAAUUUGUAGAUGAAACAAACAAUAAAAUCCAGGAAGCAACUCAAAAAAUCAAUGAUGAAAUUAAAGCCUUAGAGCUACCACAAAAAGCAGAAGCUGCAAAACAAUACAUCAAAGAGGUCUAUAUGGUGGUUUCUCACUAUAUUGAGAAAUUAAAAGAUAAUAGACUUGCUGCAAUAGUUAACUGGCUCAAUGAUCUUCUAAGCUCACCAGCAAUAGAGGAACUGAAAAUUAAGAUGCGGGAUUUCCUGGAAGAUGCACGCAAAAGAAUUUAUCAAAUGGACAUUCCAAUGGAAUGCCAAAGAUACCUUCAGAAAGCAAGCCAGCUAUACAGGACCAUAAUCUCCUAUCUAGUUGAUCAAUGGGACAUUACCUCAAAGAAGAUUAGUGUUUUAGCAGAGAAAUACAAUAUAAAAAAUAUGGCUGACAGUCUGAACCAGUUUGUUGAAACUGGUUUUAAUGUUCCUGAAAUCAGACUAGGCAUAAUCAACAUACCUGCUUUUGAAUUCAGUCUCCGAGCCUUACAGAACGCAACAUUUCAAACUCCAGACUUUAUUAUUCCACUAACUGACCUUCGUGUACCUUCUUAUCAGAUAAAUUUCAAGAAAUUAAAUGAAAUCAGAAUCCCAGUUAGAUUUACUACUCCUAAAUUUACCAUUCUAAAUACUAUUAAAGUUCCCUCCUAUACAAUUGAUUUUAAUGAAAUCAAACUGAAGAUUGUGAGGACAAUAGAUCAAAUAAUGACAAGUGACUUUCAGCUGCCAGCAACUGAUAUAUAUUUUCAAGAAGUAAAAAUCAAAGAUCUUUAUUUUUCAGACUUUUCUUUACCAGAAAUGAAUUUGCCCCAGCUACAAAUACCUGAAUUAUUGAUUCCAAAGCUGAACUUGAAUGAAUUUCAAUUUCCAGAUAUAAAGAUUCCAGAAUUCCAGUUACCGCGUAUUCCAUAUACUGUAACUGUCCCUACAUUUGGAAAACUGUCUGGUACUUGCAGAAUUGCUUCUCCCUUCUUCACACUGACGGCUAAUGCUGGUUUUCAGAAUGUAACAGCUCAUGCCCACAGCCCAGAAUUUGAAGCCUCUGUUUCAGCUCUAGCAGUAUCCAAAAUUGACUACCUUGCUUUCACCAUAACUGCAAAUACUCACCUUUUGGCUCCUGAGAUGAAGAAGUUAAUCCUAAAAGAAAGCCUGAAGUUCACUCACUUGUACUUUAAAGCUGAUCAUGGAAGCGAAGUAGUAUUUUUGACAACAUCUGUUCAAGGAAAUGCUGAAACAACAGCCAGCUUCCAUACUGCACGUAAUGCUAUAGAACUACAUAAUAAACUAACAGUCAACCUGGACAAGAUGAUCUCCAUGGAGAGCAAGACUAUAUAUACACAUAGGCUCAAUGUUCCAAAGGCCCAGUUCACUAGCCAAGCUGAAUUAAGCAAUGAAAUAAAAACAGCACUGGAGGCUGGACGCAUAUCAGUUACUUCCACUGGUAAAGGAGACUGGAAAUGGACUGCUCAUGAUUACUCUGAUGAAGGAACCCAUGAAUCAAAAGUCAGUUUCACCAUAGAGAAAUCAGUAGCUGCAUUUGUAGCAGAAAACAAGAUAAAUGCUAAGUACCUAAGAGUCAACCAAAGACUGGAAUAUGAAUACAACUUGCCAAGUUCUUCAAAGCUUCAGGUUGAGUCUACAAUGGAGUCACCACAACUUGGACAUAGUGUUUUAAAUGUACAAGGCACAGGGAGCCUUGCACAGCUGAAAAUGGAGCUAUCCAUUGCACACAAUGCUAAGGUGAAUGGGCGCAUCUCCGGGACUAUAAAUAAUGAUGUGUCCUUUUUAGUACAGCCAUUUGAAAUUAAAACAUCAACUAAUAACAAAAUGAAUUUAAAAGUUAGCUUCCCACUCAAAAUAGUUGGAAAAAUUGAGUUUCUGAAUAACUAUGGCUUAGUGCUCAGUCCUUCCACUCAACAAGUUAGCUGGAUAGCUGAGGGAAGAUUUAAUCAAUAUAGAUACACUCAUAGCUUGUCUGCUAAUAAUAAUGAAGAUAGAAUUGAAGCUAUUAUAUCCAUGAAUGGUGAUGCUAACUUGGAAUUCCUAAACAUUCCUCUUUCAUUUCCUGAACAAUCUGUCCCCUACUUUGGUAUAAAGACACCCCAAGUGCAAGGAUAUUCCCUGUGGGAAGAAACAGGAUUGAAAAAAUUACUGAAAACCCCAAAACAAUCAUUUGAUUUAAACCUAAAAGUUCAGUACAAUAAGAACAAAGAUGUACACUCAUUUCCACUUCCUUUAGAUGGAGUGCACAAAACCCUUAAUUAUUACAUAGCGAACAUCAACAAGCAUUUUGAAAGAGGAAGAGACAACACUUUAGCAUUUCUGACAGAAUCAUAUAACCAAGCCAAGAUCAAGUUUGAUAAAUACAAAGUGAAUCCUUCAGUUAACCAAGAUCGGCAAAUCUUCAGGAUUCCAGGGUACACUAUUCCCGUGCUAAACAUUGAGGUCUCUCCCUUUUCAACAGAGCUCCCAACUUUUGGUUACCUGCUUCCAAAAGAAAUGAGCACCCCACGUUUCACUGUUCCAUUUGUUGGGUUUUCAAUGCCAUCAUAUACAGUAGUCCUUCCAUCACUGGAACUACCUGUCCUUCGCAUUCCCCAAGAGCUGAGGACACUGAAGCUUCUCAACUAUCAAGUAAGCCCACUGCCAAACCAAAUCUAUAUUGCAGCCUUUGGAAAUAUUACCUAUGAUUUCUCAUUUAAAUCUAGCAUGAUUACCCUGAAUACAAAUGCUGGCUUUUUUAACCAAUCUGAUAUUGUUGCUCGACUGAGUUCCUCCUCCACUUCUGUGAUUGAUGCCCUACAGUAUCAGUUGGAUGGAACAACAAGCAUCACAAGGAAAAGGGGUCUGAAACUAGCAACUGCAUUAUCCCUGAAAAACAAAGUUAUAGAAGGAAAUCAUGAUAGCACUAUCAGUUUCACAAAGAAAAACAUAGAAGCUUCAGUGGUAACCGCAGCAAAGAUGACUGUGCCUGGCUUGAAAGUGAAUUUUGAGCAGGAGCUUAAAGGAAAUGCCAAAACAAUACCAAUAAUCUCUUCAAAAAUAAAUUUAAAUUAUGAUAUUGAUACCAAUUAUGUCAAUGCUAAAGGAGCAGUUGUCCACCAGGCUAAGCUAGAAAAUAUUAUAUCUUACAUAUCAGCUGAUACAUCAACCAACAGUUUCAUCAAUGGUGAAUUUUACAAAGGAAAACCAUUUUCUGGGAAGUUAGUUCAUGAAGCAAAUGCUUAUUUAAAUUCUAAAGGUAUUCGGUCAGCUUUCAAGUUUGAGACUAGUUCAAAUGCUGAAGACAACUGGAAUUUUGACACAAAAGAAAAUGUUGCCAUUGAGGCAUCUACUGAUCGUCUUUAUGCUGUAUGGGACCAUAGUGGGGAAAACUAUCUAUAUUAUUACCCAAUAAUUGGAACUAAAGGAAAUCAGAUCUGCAAAGUAACUCUGGAACUAGCUUCUGGUAUUACAUCAGCAGCUCUUCAGAUGCAAGUUGCCCAACCAAAUAAUUUCUUUGGUGAGACUUCAGUUAAUCAAGCCCUUUCGCUGGCUGUUAAUAAUGGAAAUCAAAAAAUUGACUGGAAGAGUGAAAGCCAAAUCCUUUCUUUCUUCCUUGGACAUGACUUGCAGUUAGCAAAUAAUAAUGUACAAGCUCAAGUUGACUUGUCAGCAUCUUUGGGAGGGUACAUGGGCUUCCUCAGACAGUUUGUGCUACCAGUUUAUGACAGGAGUUUAUGGCACAUCUUGAAAUUAGAUCUCACCACUAGACCUGAAGAGAAGCAAUACCUAAAUGCAUCAACAAAUAUAGUAUACACAAAAAAUGAAGAUGGAUAUUUUUUCCCUAUAAAUAUCAAUCAACUGGCAGAUGGAUUUACAAUCAUGUUUCCUGAAAUUCAACCAAAUGUUCAAAAUCCUGUUAUUUCAACUCUUGACAUUCCAUCUUACACCAUUGUUCAACGUGAGUUCAAAGUCCCUGAAAGGCUGACUAGUACAUCAUUUGAUAUCAGCCUUCCUUUGCUCCCAAAAAUACAGUUUCCCCAAUUUGAUGUAAUAACCAAAUACAUUAAUCUGGAACAAAAUAAAAUUCCAUACUUUGAGCUGACUAUUCCCAAGUAUCUCGUAACAGUACCCCAAUUUACUCUUCCAAAGACACUUUCUCUUGGUAAUAUGAAUGUGGAUCUGAAUGCUGCAGCCAACAAGAUAGCUGAUUUUGAUUUACCUACAAUUACAAUUCCUCAACAGCAGAUUGAAAUACCAGCUUUCAAAUUUGCUUUACCUGCUGGAAUUUACUUCCCCAAAUUUGGAGCUUUGUCUAGUUCUUUCAAGAUCACUUCCCCAUUGUACAGUGCUACCUGGAAAACAGAUCUGAAGAACACAAAGGAUGCUUUUGAACAUUCCAUUGACUUUACUGCAAAUUCACCAUUGCAGUUUCUGGAAUACGAUUUAGAUGGUGUAGCCACCUACAAAUAUGAAGACAACCGUUUCACACUAGAUACGCAGUAUGAUUUAGCUCAUCCUGAGCUAAGUGCAAAAUAUAAAGGCGUCUUCAUUGCAGAAAUAGAUAGAAUUGUUUCGGACACAGUAUCCCUGAACAUCACUAGUCCAACUUUCACUGAUGUCCAAAUGCACUACCAGGGAAAUGGUUCAAGAGUUUCUACACUGAUAUCAUCUUCUUCAGCUGGUACUCUUGGUUUUCUUAUCAGUCUAGAUGCCAGUAUUCUCAACAGCAAGAUUUUCUACCAAACUCAGUCUAACCUUCAGAAUGAAGUCGAUAUCUUAAAAAGUGAGAUAUCUUUCAAAAAUCCAGAACUGAUUCAAGUCAAAACCAACUGGAACGAGGAUGCUGUCAUAGAGUUACUCAAAGUUUUAAAAGAGAAGAUGCCUGAAAUGGCUGAUGCUUUGUACUACACUGCUAACAAAUACCACCGUGAACAUACAGGCAUGGAAAUCAGUUCUGCUACCUCAAAACUGAAGGAUAUUCUGAGAAAUAAUAUUGACAGAACGUACAUGAACACUUUAAACAGUAUCAGUGAACUAGAAGAACAGCUUCAUGAAGUAACUAACCAGGUCACAGGGAAAUAUGAACAGAUUAGAAAAGAGUCCAAAAAGCUAUACCAUACAGCUGCAGAUCAAUCUAGCAAAAUGGAAUAUGAUCGAAUCAGAGCCCAAUUUUUUGAUACUAUAAUGGAAGUAAUAGUAGAAUACCAUAAACAGGUAAAACAUCUUAUUGAUUCUGCCAUUGAAUUUUUGAAGGUAACAAAACUCCAGGUACCAGGGCUGCCUGGGAAGCACACUGGUGAAGAACUUUAUGUAAUGGUCACUGAAAAAGUAGCAAAAGCUGUAGAUCAGUACAUUACAAGAGUGCAGGAAUAUUUUGAUUCUUUGAUUGCCUUUGUCAGUGAGGCAGAAAUUAAAAUUCCAGCUUCCUCUGAGAUAAUCAAAGGUAGUGAUAUACUUGCAGAAAUUAAAAAGUUUUUAACCCAUGUACAAAAGAAAGUUAGUCAGAUAUUUGUUGGUCUCCAGGAGAUUGACUUUGCACAACAUCUAAGAGACCUAAAAGAAGGAAUUCAGCAAGUCUUCCAAAAGACAGAAGAGCUUAUCAGAAAUUUACAAGAUCAAAACUAUGAGUAUCUGAAAGACCAAACAAAACAACUCUUCUUAAAGUUCUUACAAGCACUGAAAAGCUUAGCAGGUGAUAUAAAAUAUUUGUCUCCUCGCAUUGAAAACAUUAUCCAGAAUACUUUCUCCAGUAUUUAUGAAAAGUUAGAAGACGUUUUACAAAGCAUAAAAGAUCUGCGGAAGGAAUAUGUUGAUCCAAGCGUAGCUGGGUGGUCUCUCAAAUAUUAUGAACUGGAAGAAAAGUUAAUAAAUUGGUUGAAAAAUCUUUUUAAUGCUAUAUUAGAAUGGCACACCAGAUGGAUAAAUGAUGCUGCUGACCUGAUGAUAACCCUAACAGAUCAAGCAAAAGAAUUUUUGGAGAACCAAGAAAAACUCACUGAGCUCUCCAAAAUUGCACAUGAAAAGAUCCUGUAUUGGUCUGAAGCUGCAAAACAGAGUGCUGCUGAACAAAACAAACAGGUCAAGGCAAAGCUGCAGGAGACAUACAAUCACUUUUUCAAUUCUUAUGAAAUGUUCAUCAGUGAGACACAAAGAUUGAUUGACUUGACAAUUGAGAACUAUACUGCAUUCUUCCAAUACCUCCAAAAGCUACUUGAUUGGUUUGAGAAAGUGACAGCUGAUGCUCUGAGGCCCUACAUAGCUGUUCGCCAAGGAGAACUCAGAAUAGAUAUACCAAAACCAUUUGAUUUGUCAGCAAUUAAGCCCAUUAAUCAAAUGCCUCAAUUAAAUGAUGAAGAUCUUCAACAGAAACAAAUUAGUUUGGCAAGUCACUGAUCUAAACUCCAAAAAAAGGUGGGAAGCAGCAAAAUUUCAUGUAUCUGUAGAUUUAUGCUGGGCAACUGACUGUGGAACAGAUCAAGCAAAAUGUACAGAUGUACUCACAGAAAAAAAGAUGGUAUAAAUUGUUAUCACACCAUAUUUAAAGGCAGCAAUCUGAAUUUCUGCAAUAUCAGUAAAAUAUUUUAAGCUGUUGUAUAUGAAAACUAAAUAUUGGUGAGUCAGCUUAUUCCUCUGCAAAGUCAAUAAAUGAAUUCAUUUAUUUCAUUUCAUUCUUUUAUUACAAGUUUUCUUGUAGAUCCAGUUUGUUAAUGGAAGGUUUUCCACUGGCUUCAGAGGCCAUCAGGCCCUUUUGUUGUUCAAAUAUUUUGUAACUGAUAUUAAUAAAUAAUCAUAACUCUGUGGAAUAAGAUAGAGGUCAGGCUAAACUAAAGAAUGUAUAUUAUAAAUAAUUUUGAAUUGAGAACAGAACAAAUGUACAUAAAGUAGGAAAAAAGGAGACUGGAGACAAAUAUGGAGAUAGACUCUAUGUCUUCUACAUAAGAAAAUAAAAAAUUAGUCAAAUGAAUAAUUUUGCAUGCAAAACAGCUAUUGUUUCAUUUCUGCCCUAAACAGUUCUUUCUCCUAUCAAGGUGCAGCACUAGACUUGUGAAAAUAAAUUUGUUUUAUUAACCAAA